AUGCCUGGUCUGGUGCCUGAAUCGUGGCCGGGUCUGAUUGGUACUGAACUGAAUGCAGCAGUUCAGAUCAUCCAUCAGGAGAGGCCUGAUGUCAGAAUUGCCCGAGUACUCCCUCCAGGAGAGGCUCCAUCCCCACCACCACAAGACCAAGUACGCGUCAUCAUUUACAACGGUGUCGGCCCGGCGCCUAAUACAUAUGUGGUUGUUGCUCCUGCUCCAUACAUUGGCUAGCUAGCCUGCCUUACAUGGCAGGCUUUAUCUUUUGUGCCUUUAUUAUUAAAGGAUAGAAUCUAUUGAAUAAAGUGAGCGAGUGUGAUAUCGAUUGCCAUGCAUUAAUAAUUAUAGAAAGUCUAUGUGGGCAUGCCUGAAUAAUAUUGUUUACUCAUAUAUGUAUUAGUGUGAUAAAUCUACAAAUAUUUCAAUGAGUGUACUAUUUGGCAAUGGAAUAAUGAAUAAUGUAUUUUAUUCUUUUUCGAUGA